GAACAUCGAAUGAGGUCGCGCCGCGUCAGUCGGCUCCGCCCCGCCUCGCCUUAGCUUCUCUUUUCCUUCCCCUGGUCGAGACGAGAGCCGAUAAACUCCGCUGUGUGGUUUAUUCCGGCGGACGAAUUGCGAGGAGUUGGUUGGUUUCCGAUGAUACAUUUUGUGCUGGGCUUUGAGGAAUUUCGUCGCCCGAUGAAGCUGACUGGAGGAAUGAGGUUACUAACUCUUUACUUUUAAGAGUUAGACACAAUGGGAAACAAUAUUUCCAGAAGAAUUUAUCCCUCUUUUCUGAAGAACAGAAUGAAGACUAAGUACGCUAGUCGAGACGAACACCACUUUAACCAAAACUCCAUAUUAGAAAACUGUUGCCAUCCUAGCAUCCAAGAUGUAGACAGCAGUGAUGAGGAGUCUGAAGAUGGGUUCUACAGGUUUGUGAUUCUUCAUGCUGAAGAGGAUAUAGAAGAAGCCAUUAGAGUCCAAGACCUCUUACAAAAUGAAUAUUGUAUCAAACCAGGAAUCAUUUUUGCGGAAAUGCCUAGUGGUAGGCAUUUGCUGGAAAAUUUAACUGAUGCCAUUAACGAUUCCGCCUGGAUAAUUAUACUGCUGACAGAAAACUUCUUAAGAGACCUUUGGUGUGAAUUCCAAUCAUAUACUUCUCUUUUGGGUGCACUGACCAUCCCACACAAACAUAACAGUGUGAUACCCAUGCGGCCACGAAAUAGACCACUCUCAUGGGAGAGGACUCCUUUCAUCCUACAGUGUGUUAAUGUUCUUCAAGAAGAUAGUCCUGGAUUUUCUGUUCAAGUAAAGAAAACUUUCCAAGAGGCUCAAUAUAGGCAGCAGGAAAAGAUGUGGCGGUAUGGAAGAAAGAAAGAAGUGGCCUCCAAGAUCCUUUAGUGGUAAAUGUAGAAAGCAGCUUUCCCUAACCAGCUGCCUUUCAGAAAGGCAGGGGCUACAACAGAGUGUUCACAACCAACAUAAGCAAUAAUUACACUGACUGCAAUGAUUGACUAGCACAUCUGAAAACGUUAGCUGGAAAAACAUAUUACAAAAAAUAUUACAAAUGCAUUUUUUUUAAAAAUAAGUAAUUUAUUUGUUCAAAGAUCCUGUGAUACUCCAUUCUAUCUCCAUAUUGUUGAUUUUAUUUUGAAUACUUAAACAAGAGUUUGGGAGGUCCUCUUCAGAUGAGCCUCUUGGAAUAACGCCACCAAAAAAGAUCUUAUUUUCCACCAUUCUAACUGUAAGCUUUAAAAGUCUUGAAGAGAGGGAUCAUAGGACCAUGUAUGGAGUAAGCAUUCUAUUUGUAGGAUAUUCACUUCAAGGAUUCCUGUUGAUAAGGGUUAGAAAGGCAACAUCUGAACUCUUGAGAAAUUACUAUGAGACAUGAAAUUAUGGUUUCACCUGAUCUUUUCUAAGAGUUAAAAUCAGAUUUAAAGAGUAAUCACUGUUUGUGGUGUGAAUGUUCAUCCUAUUUUUGUCUUUGGUAGAUUUUUAUGGAUUUUAGUACUGUUUCAGAAUAUGGAAAUACUAUUUAACCAGACAUCAUAAAGGGAUUAAAGAAAUGUACAUUUUUGUUAUCUAGUCCACACAUUUUGCACUAAACCAUAAUGUGAUUUAAGUUAUGAACCAGUCAGUCUUAUAUAAAUAAUUUAUGGCUUAAAUAGGAUAUGUAAACCUAACUAAUUACUGUGUGUCACUAUAUUUUUAAUCCUUUUAAAAUAUAGUAUCCGUCUUUCAUCUUCAAAUGCUGCUUGGCUGGACAAUCUCUCACAGUUGAUCCCAGUUGAUCAACUGGGAUCAACUGAUCCCUGAUCCCAGUUGAGAAUUACAGUGUUCAUUUUAUGCUGCUCUUUUAUUCCGUGUAAUAAUAAUAUUUCCAUUUGGAUCAAACUCACCUAGCAAUUCCAAGACUUUUUGUUGGAAUAGCUGAAAUACAAACUGCAUUUUUGAAGGAACACAAUGGAAUUAUAAAGUCUGUUCUGUGAAGUUUUGCAAUAUGGACAGAUCCUUGUGUUCUGCAGAACCUAGGUGUCAGUUAAAGCUUGCUGGCAAUUCUUGUUUUCAUUCAUUAAAUAUUUCUGGUUAAGGACCUCUUAUAACUAAAAAGUUCAAAGAUUAUUCAUUUCUUUUGUUGUUUUGAUGUAAUUGUAAACUGCAAUAAAUUGCAUUUGAGCAGAGUUGAAUUGUAACUCAUAUCAAAUAAACUGGCAACUCUGUUUCUAAAUUAUUGAUACAUCACAAUAAAAUUGGGCAUUGAUACUUA